AUACUAUCAAAAAUAUCAUAGUACAGGCUCCAAUUGGUUACCGCGUACCUGCCCCAUCCAUCCAUCCAUCCACCACGGUUACGUUACCCCACACACACUCUCCCACACUUAAAGAGUCAGAUGGCCACUUCUGAGACAGACACACCACCUCUUCUUAACAUCCAACUUUGAUAUUUAAUUACUGGCACUGGCAAGACUUCAUUCUCUACUAGCAGUUCUCUAAUAUCGACCUAAACUCCCUAGAGCCUUCUGUGUAUAUUUUGGCCCUUAUCAAACCGCAGCCCGCAGUACCCUACAGAAAGCAGAACAUGGGAUCACAAGCUUCGAGGCCGUCGCACGACGACUACACCGAAAAGCAGGCCGUUGAACGGAUGCGACAGCUGGCUCUUACUGCACCAGGAAGUAAAGGCAGCUAUGAGGCCGAAGGGAACGAAAAGAAGCGACCGAAAUAUGUCGCCGAUGAGGCAUCAGGCCUCUCGAUCGGCGAUGUUUGGAAGUGGCAGGAGAAGCUAAUGGACGACCCAAAGAACCGACUGGCACUUUCAGCACUAAGCGCCGCGGACCCCAAGACGGUGCUCCAGAACCGCAACGUCCUCACUGAAACCCAGCACAUUUUCAAUGUGAAGAUCCCAUUCGAAGGCGCGCCGAUCACGAACCAAAACUCUUCGGGCCGAUGCUGGAUCUUCGCCGCUACAAAUGUCUUCCGCGUAGCGCUGAUGAAGCGCCAUAACCUCGAGGCGUUCGAGCUCAGCCAGUCAUACCUCUUCUUCUGGGACAAACUCGAGAAAGCCAACUGGUUCCUCGAGCAGAUCCUCGAUACAGCCGAUGAGGAUGUCGAAGGCCGCCUCGUGCAGCGCCUCUUACAGUCCCCAGUCGGCGAUGGCGGACAGUGGGAUAUGAUCGUCAACCUCGUCAACAAGUACGGACUCGUCCCCCAAGUCCUCUACCCGGACAGCUUCAACGCCUCCCACUCCGGCACCAUCAACAACCUCCUCACCACCAAGCUCCGCGAAAACGCCCUAACCCUCCGCUCCCUCGCCGCCACCUCCUCCUCACUCUCUACCAUCCGCUCCGCCAAAGCCGAAAUGAUGCGCGAAGCCCAGCUCAUCCUGACCCUCACCCUCGGCCCGCCCCCCUCCCCAUCCUCAGAAUUCACCUGGCAAUAUCUAGACGCCAGCGGUGCCGCACAGACUCUCAGCACCACUCCCCUCGACUUCGCCGCUGAGCUCUCCUCCACCCCCUCCAUCCGCACAAUCGGAGUCGACGUCAACUCCAUGUUCAGUCUCGUUAACGACCCCCGCAACGCUCCAAACACCCUCCUCACCGUCUCGCGUCUGGGUAACGUAGUCGGCGACACCUCCCGCCCAGUCACCUACGUCAACGUCGCCAUGCCCACCAUGAAAGCCGCCUGCAUCGCCAUGCUACGUGCCGACAUCCCCGUCUUCUUUGGGUGCGACGUCGGGCAAUCCUCGGAGCGCGCGCGCGGCGUCAUGGCUACGGGACUUGUUGAUUUCGAGCUGGGGUUCAAUGUGAAGCUCGGCUUGACGAAACGCGAUCGCAUUCUGGCGGGGGAGAGCAAGAUGACGCAUGCGAUGGUGUUGACUGCUGUGCAUCUCGAUGCGGAGGGGAAGAGCGUGAGGUGGCGCGUGCAGAAUUCGUGGGGGGAGGGGUCGGGGGAGAAGGGGUGGUUUGUUAUGAGUGAUGAGUGGAUGGAUGAGUUUACGUAUCAGGCGGUUGUGGAUCCGAGGUUUGUGAGUAAGGAGGUUAGGGAGGUGUUGAAGCAGGACCCGAAGGUAUUGCCGCUUUGGGACCCGAUGGGGGAGUUGGCUUGAGUUGUUGGCGGUGGUAGUGUCGGAUUGGGUGGUUAAGGAUGACCGGAUGAUGGGAAGACUUAUGAGAUGGAUAUUUGUGGGUUUGGGAUGUCGGGGACGGAUUGGGUAGGAAGCGUAGGUAUUCAUAUCAAGCACUAUUCUAGCACCUCUGUUCUGAACCACAGCAUACCAAACUACAACCCCCCUCCAAACAUAUAAAUCGCCGUAUCUCAUCCUUG